UAUAAAUACUUAAAGUAUGAUAAUUUUGAAGAUAAACAUAACAGACGUACUGAUAUCUUAAUAUAUGAGCUCUAUGUAAUAAUAGAUGGAGAUAUACAGUAUCAACAAUGUCUUGCAAAUAUUCGAGCAAGACGAAUGAUGCUAGCAGAAAGAGAAGUUCGCCAAAGAAAAAUUAAAGCACAAGUAUUAGCAAAUACAGUCUUAGAAGUUAAUAUUGAUGAAUGCUACUGGACACAGCAACAAGAAAAACAGCAACAAUCUACUAUUGAAGAACUUCGUUAUUAUAUUCAAAAAAUAAUACAAAAUCUCAAAGAUCUGGAUAUUAAUCGAUUACAAAUUGUUCAUAACUAG